UGGUUUUGCUUUUGCUUUUGCUUUUGCUUUACUACACUUACUUACCUCUUCCUUCUUCCAUCUUCAUCCUCCAACUACCGACGACCAGCUACCAGCAUAAGCUACCAGCAUCAUCUACACACAUUCAUCCUCUCUACCUCGUCUACCUCUACCUCCUCUCCUGACCAACCAACCAACCAACCCCCAAAUCCACAACCACCAAAAUGUCCACCACCACAACCGCAACAGCCAGCACCCCCACCUGCACCACAACGCGCUACGUCCUCCCGAUCCAAGACGCCGCCUGCGCCCUCCCCAACAGCGGCAACUUCAGCAGCGUGAUGUCCACCUGCUGCAACCCCGCCCCGGUCACCAAAUACGACAACGACUGCGGCCUGUACUGUCUGGCCGAGAAGCAGUCCGUCAAGGACCUGCUCAGCUGUCUGCAGACCAACGGCGCCGUGACGGAGGCAUUCUGCUCGGGCAAUCUGACCGCCACGGCUACGGCCAAGGUGUCCGGGUCCAGUUCGACGAGUACGGGCACGAAGACGGGGAGUUCGGCUACUUCGACCGAGACGAAGAAGUCGAUGGGGACGGAUGUGAAGGUUUCGAAGGCGGGACUGGGCGUGUUGGGGUUGUUGGUCUUGGCGGGCCUCGUGGGGGGUUUUAGAUUGAUAUGGAUGUGACAGUGGAAGUUUGAAUGGGGGAGGAGGGGUGCUGAUGUUGAUGUUCAUGGGGGGAUGACAUUGGAGGGACUGUGGAUAUUGAUGAGAUGGCUGGUAUUGAAGGGGAUAUAUCGAUAAAUGGAUGGAUGGAUGGAUGGAUGGAUGGAUGGAUGGAUGGAUGGAUGGAUGGAUCUAUGUAUGGAUGGGAGAUUGAAUCGAUGCAUAAUACAUAAUGGCCUGUAUUAUAUUCUCUGAUGAUUGAUGCUAAUG